ACUGCUUAAUCUUUCCAUCUAAUUCCAACUAGGAAAAUACAUACUGCAAUAUAGGGACACACACACGCAUAACUAUUUUCAUGCAUAUACAGGAGUAAUCAUGUAAAAAAAAAGUGAGUGUGAUCAGAUGGGUUUGCUUGGAAAUUGUUGGUUAAUCAUCGAAUCUUUCGUUAUCCCAGAUGGAAAGCUAAAAUGGUUUUACUUAAGCUUCCAUAUCCAUCCUGUUUUUGUUUCUGUUUGCCUACUUUUUGUCUGGCUUAAAUUGCUGAAUACAUGGCUUUUACUUCUUGUCUCUUACCCACUUAGACUAAUUUAUUUUCCAGGUUUAUCUGUUUUCAGACUCUUCAAAAGUUUUAUCACCUUUAUUUUCUCAUCUACCAAAGUUCCUAAUGUUGAUUUUAGAGAAGGAACUGGUAACUUAGAGAUUGCAGUACAAGUUAUUUAUAUGCUCAGCCAACUUGUAGAAUCACAUAGUUUUCUAAGGGUAACACCAAUAAGAUGCCAGCUGAAGUUGUUAGAUUAUGAGAAAGAUGAAUUUGAAAGGAAGGAGGAUUACCGUGCAGCUCAAAGCUCAAUCUUUUUAACUACUGGUAUUGUGGAUUCAGAUUGUGAGAGUUAUUCAUCUCUGCACAGCUCCAAUGAGAGUUCAACCUCAAUUUGUUGUUCAAAUUUACUGCUUCAAGAUUCAAUUGAAGAGUCACCGGCUCAAGAUUCAAGCUCAGGGAGAUCAAGAUCAAUCUACAGCUCCAAUAUUUUAUCAGCUGUGGAAAGACAAGUUAUUGUUAGUAAUAGAGAGGAGGAUCAUGGUGAUGAAGAAUCAGAUGGAUUCUACAAGGAGUACUGUGAAAGAAUGGGAUGGUUUGAUAUUCUCAAUUAUGAUAGAACAUGUGGAAUAAGUAGGUAUCUUUAUAUCUAUUUUUCUUCACCUACUAAUUCUUAAACAAUUUGGUAUCCUCGACCCCAAAAAGAAAAGACUAAAAAAUACAAAAAAAAAGUUGUAAGAGAUUUCUGAUUAACUUGAAAUUGGGUAUAUUGUAGGUGCAAUCAAGAACAUACAAUUGGAAACUAGUCAAGUAUUACUUCAUCUGAAAGCAUUAAUUCUAAGGACUGCAGUCUCUUAUCAUGGGACAAAAUGGCUAGGAAAAGGCUCUUGAAAAGCAUAGAAAGUGAUUUUGAGCUGGUCUACGUGGCUCAGUUAUGCUUGUCAUGGGAGGCUCUCCAUCAUCAAUAUAUAAAGGUCAAAAAUCUCGACACAUCUGGUGUUCGAAAUCGCAGGUUUCAUGAUAAUGUAGCCGGAGAAUUCCAAAGGUUUCAGGUUUUACUAGAGAGAUUUUUAGAAGAUGAAAGGUAUGAGGGAAAGAGAGUUUGGAAUUUCGUUAGAGGAAGAUUUGCUCUCAAAAGCCUUCUUCAAGUCCCAAAGCUUUCAGGGUUUGUUGCAGAAGAAAAUGAUGAAGAAGUUGAAAGAAACGUAAAGCAAGUAUUAAGAGCCAUAGAGAAGUGCACAGAGGCUUUCUGGGUUCUUGUUCAAACAGAUCGUAAUCAAAAGCUUUGGUGGAAAUUAACAACUUCACUCUGGAGUUUUUCCCCCGUAGAAGAUCCAAGAGACGUUGACCUACUAUCUCAUCUCACCAGAAACCUCCAAAAGAAGGAGAUAUGGUUCAAAGAUUUUCAGGGUAAAAAGAAAUGCCGCUUUAGAAAAGGCAUAAGACCAGUAGUUGAAGAAUCUGAGAAAAUGGAGAUGCUAUUCACAAUGAUAGACAUGAAACUGGUGUCAAGAGUGCUUCAAAUGUCUGCGGUGUCUUCCUCUCAACUCAAAUGGUGCCAAGAAAAGCUUGACAGCAUACACUUCAACAAAGGAAAGCUCUUCAGAACUGGCAGUUGUCGAUUAUUUCCAGAUUCUUGAACAUAUUAUUAAUCAAUCCUUGAAUGGAUGAAAAUACAAUUCUAGUUACAUUAAGCUAGAUUUUGCUCCAAGUGAAAACAAAGGAAACUAAUGAGCCACUGCAGUUGUACUAUAUUAGCCAUUUUUCACAAAUUAGGACCUAAUGUAUAUA